AUGAAAUUAUUAACCGUCAAAAUUUUAGCUAUUAUCGCUUUAAUUAAUUAUGUUAGUGUGAGUGGGUCAAAUAAAAAUUGCUCAUUAAAUAUAAAAUCAACUAUUAAUAAAGGAAAAGAUGAUAAUAAUGACGAAUCAAUAACCCCAAAUGAAAACGACGAUAAAACAAGCGAUAAUGAUGACACAAAUAACAGUGAAGAAAAUAAUAAUCAAGAUGGUGAUGCAUUAAACGAAGAAAAUGGUAAUUCUAUGGAAAUGGGAAAUAAUGCUGAACAAGCUCCUAUAGAAUUAUCUUUCGAUAAAUUAGCGAAUGGUGAUAAAAUAAAAUCUAUACUUGAUUCUCUUAUUGAAAAUGAAAAAAAUGACAAUGGUAAUAACGGAAAAGAUAUGUAUAAAGUUAUGAUGAGCAAUAUUUUUAAUGGAUUAAAUAAUGCUAAUGAUUCAACUAAUUCCCAAAAUGAUGAAGUAAAUGAUAAUACCACUAUUAAUAUAUCACAAGAUAAUCAAGAACAAUUAGAAAAUUUAAAAAAAAAUAUCGAAAAUGCAUUAAAAGAACGUGGAAUAAAUAUUGAUGAUUUAUCAAAAAAAUAUAUGGACGGAAAUAUGGAAGGUAAAGAUGCAUUUAUCCAACUUUUAAAAAAUAUGUCUCAAGAUGACGAUAUAGCUAUGAAUAUUCCCGAGCUUACCCAAAACGCUAAUUUCCCUGGUUUAAAUUUACCAAAUCUAUUUAAUGUACCAGAUGAUGAUGAAGAUAACAAUGAUUAUGAUAUCAUAGCCAAAAAUAACGAAAAUGCAUUAAAUGCUAAGAAUGACAUUGUAGAAGAUAAUGAAGAUCCUGGUGAAGGUACUAGCAAAGAAAGUCAAUACGAAUUGUUUAAAAUGUCUAAUUCCAAUGGAAAUGGCCAAACUUCGAAUGAUGAAAACGCUAUAAGUAAUGCUGACAUUAAAAUAGAUAGUGAAACCGAUUCUAGUGAAAUUGAUAGUGAAAAUGAAUUUAGUGAUAGCGAUUCUAGUGUAACUGAUAGUGGACAUGGAUUUAGUGAUAGCGAUUCUAGUGUAACUGAUAGUGGAAGUGAAUUUAGUGAUAGCGAUUCUGAUGCAACUGAUAGUGGAAGUGAAUUUAGUGAUGCUGAAAAUGAUGCUGUAUCUAAUGAGAAACCUACUCAAGAAAUAGAAUCUCCUGAAACUGACGGUAGUGAAGAAGAAUUAAUAGUCUCAUCUUCCACAAAUAAUAAACAAAAAAAUAGUGCCCCAAGCUUAAUGAAAAAUGAACUUUUAAAACCCGAUAAUGCCAACUCUAGCACUUCAAAAACAAAUGGAACUGAAACUAGUAAAAAAGCCACCCACAAAAGUAAAAAAUAUAAAAAAAAAUCAAGCCCCACGAAAACAAAUUUAAGAAGAUACCCAUUUGAGCAAUCAAAAAUAAAUGGAUUGAUGACAAAAUUUGAAAAUAGCGACUUUUAUAAAGCUGUUCUAAAAAAUAUAUUAGAUAAAUAUGUUAUUUUGGAUGAUAGUGAUAAUGAUGGAAAAAACAAUAAUAAAAAUAAUAAUGAUGAUGAUGAAAAUGAGGAACUAAAUAUGAAAGAAUUUAGUGUAAAAAAUCUUAAAAAAUUACUUGAAGAUGAUGUCCUUGAUUAUAGUGAUUUAACAGAAGAAGAAUUAACAAAAUUAGCUGGACCAGAUAAAGCAUUCUAUGACUUAUCACCAUAUGCUAAUGAAGAUAAAGAAUUCUCAGUAAAUGAAGGAUCUACUGUUGAAAAUGAACAAUUAACUGCUUUCUUAAAUAAAUUUGGUCAAUAUCAUAUGAGUUAUGACGGCAAAACUCUUGACUACUUAAAACAAAAAAAAUCCGAGAAAAAAGAAGAAGACCAAGAGGACGAGAAUUUUUACGAUGCUUACAAACAAAUUAAAAGCUCAUAUUCGGGUAUCCCCUCAAACUAUUAUCAUCAAGCACCACAAUUGAUUGGUGAUAAAUAUGUCUUUACAUCUGUAUAUGAUCAAAAAGAAGAUUUAAUUAACUUUUUAAAAAAAACAAAUGGUAAAAGUCUUUACGUCCACCCCGAUGAUUUGGAAAAUGGAAAUGCAAGUGGUGUAUCUCCAGAAAUGAAACAAUUACAAAAAUUGAGCUAUUAUAAAAGAAAAAAUGCAUAUAACAUUCUUGUAGAACAAAAACGUAUAGAAAAAGAGGAAAAAGAAAACAAAGAAAAAAAAGAAAAAGCAAGCAAUAAACCAAUCAAUGACGAUUACAUAAAACAUUUGAGUAGCGGUGGUUUAAACAAAAAUACCGUUUUAUUUUCAAAAGAUGAUCUUGAUAAAAUGGUAAAUGGUUUAUAUUCUGAAUCUGGAAACUCAAAUGGUAGCUCAGCCAAAAUAGAUUUAGAUAGCAUGGCAACUAAUAUUAAAAAUUCAAAUAAUGGAAAAAAUGAUAAUCAAUCUUUUGAUUCCGUCAAUGAUGAUGACACCAAUGAUAAUGAAUAUCCAGAAGAUCUUGCCGAUGAGGAAGAUGAAUAA